CGGUACUUCAGUCGUAUGCAGUAGAUUACAUAUAUCUGGGGUUAGCCUUUAAAAAUAUGUAAAAACGAAUUAUAUAUGUAAAUAUUAAGAUAUUACCGUUCAUAAAAAGAAUUAUUAUACAAAACGUAAAGAGCUGCUUAUGUUUCUUAGCUUUUAAAUGCUUUAUCAAUCUUUCGAAAACCGUGACUGUAUUCGUGAAUGCUUAAUUGAUUAAUGGUGAUUCCAUAGCAAAUGAAUAUUUGCAUGCUGCAGUUAUGUGCUUCCAUUGUGAAAACAUAAUUGUUUUAUGGUGAUAAUAUGUCAAAAUCAAACAUAAGGAAGAUAACGGUUGACCCUACGAAAUGUAAUACAGACUCUCGUCGACCAAGUGUGUUUGAGAGGUUGGGGACCAAACCAGCAGUUACUGCCGGCCAAAAUUCAUCGGAUUAUUGUAGAAACUGGGCACUAAACGGCAGCUGUUCGUAUGGAAAGAAUUGCAAAUAUGCAAAUACUCACACAUUAAUAAGUCCGUCCAAGCGUGCCAAAAAGGAUAAUGCUAUUGCAAGUACAGCAGGACUUAUUGAGGAUCCGUUUAAAAGGCUUACUUCUAAGAUCAUAAAAAAGCCAUCUCAUAGCCCUGAUUUAAAUUUGGAAGAGUGGAAUCAAACAGAUUUGGAAUACGAGGACGAAAAAGUCUUAGAAAGACGUAGACAGUUGUUACAGCGUGAACUAGAACUACAAAUGAAGAAAGAUAAAGAGGUUCAUGGGAAAGAUAAAGUGAGACAGAAAAAAAAGGCUAUGACUUCUUCCUCUAGUUCUCAUACUUCAAGUACAUCUAGCAGUAGUAGUAGUUCUAGCAGUGAAGAUUCAUCUUCUAGUUCAACAUCUGAUUCACGUAAAAAAGUUAAAAAGAUUAAAUCUAAACGGCAUCAUAGUGGAUCUACCGACUAUGAUGAAGAUAAAGAAAGAAGAAGGAAAUUAAAACUGAAAAGGCUUGGAACAAAAAAUGAAAAACCGUCAGUGAAGAAAAAACGUAAGUUUGAAAGUAGUUCCACAAAAAAGGAGAUUAGUGCUAGAUCUGCGAAGAAAUAUAGUUCAUCUACAACAUCAAAGAAACAUUCUUCCACACCUCGUACAAGGUCACCAGCAAUACAAGCUUCUACAGCAGUAACAUCAACGACAACUGCAGUAUUAGGUUCCUCUGUAUCUGUGCCUCAUCAUGGAACAUCUAGUAAAGUUAGAGAGAGAAAUAGAAGUGAAUCCCCCAAAGCAGUAAAAGCUAGAGAUAUGGAUAAAGAAGAUAGACAUUACAAGAAAGUGAGAGAUGUAGAUGAAUUAUCUAAAGACAACGCUAAGAAUAAACCUUUUGAUAAAGUCAAAGAACAGGACAAAGAAAAAAGUCGUGCAAUAGACGAAAAAAUAAAAACAAACGAAAGAUUAAAGGCGAAAUGUAAGGAUAAAGAUAUACGUUCUAGAACACCUCCGACAUCCGAAAGAUCGAAACACCAACAUUCAAAAGAAACGAUUUCAACGAAAACUCGCCGUAGUCGUACACCUGAAAAGUCAUCAAGAUCCAAAAGAGAACUCACACCGCCAAAAGCUCAAGAUAGACAGCUUUCUACAAACAGAUCUCGAGAUACGGAAAAAAAAGAUCGCGAAUCACAUAAAAGUGAUAAAACUAAAGACAGGGAGGACAUAAGAAAAAAUGAACAAAAUAAUAAAACUAGACAAGUAUCGAAUCAAGAAGAAAGCCAUAGAAGGAUUGGCAAAGAGUUUGAUGAUAAAACUUAUUUAGGAGAAAAGACCCGCCAAAAGAGCAGAGAACGACGUGAUAAAGAGCAUACGAGGGAUGAACGUGGGCAUUCGAGGCUUGCUCGAGAUCAACGAGAUGCUCGUGAUAAAGACAAAGAAGAUCUACAAGAACGUUGUCGUGAACGACCACGGGAAAGAGAUCGUGAUCGAGAUAGAGAUCGAGAACGUGAUCGUGAGCGAGAGAGAGAUAGAGAUCGAGAUCGCGAUCGUGAUAGAGAUCGGGAUCGUGAUAGGGAUCGCGAUCGCGAUCGGGAUCGAGACCGUGACAGAGAAAAAGAACCAAUAAAAGCAAGAGAUAGAGAUGUACCACCUUUAGUUACAACGUCGUUAAGUUUAGAUAAAAGUUCACGUUAUAGUCGGGAUAAAGAACGAAUAGUGGUGAAGGAUAAUGCCUUUGAGAAAAAUGGAACUCGAGAACGUAGAAGCGAUAGAGAAAGAGAACGAUCCGAAACGAAAGCUCUUUCUGAUAGGGAUAGAACAUCUCAGCGUAUUGAUGGUAGAUACGAUAGAAAUACUGUAGAUAAAGAUACACCAGCUCGUAAAGCUGGUGUAAAUUCACCUAGGGAUCGUGUUGAUCGUUUUCCGCGAGAAAGAUCUUUGGAUAGAACAUCGUUGCUCGAUAAAGGUGUGCACAAUGCUCCGCCAUUGCCACAAGCUCCUUCUUUACCAGCCGUUCAGUCUUCUAUAGCAUCUUCAUCGUCUUCAUCCGCACCGCCUACGUUGUCAAGUUCGCGAGAUAAUUUAAUUGACAGAAUAGAUAUCGGGCACUAUGAUCGCGAAAGACACAGACGAUUUAGUACAAGAUAUGAUCGAAAUCAUACAUCUGAACACGAUCAAUCACGCGUUACACCAACCAAAGUUGAUCGUUUAAUCGAAAGACGCGAGACUAGUCCACGACGAACAAUUGAAAUAGACAGAAACUAUAAUAGAAACUACGGGCGUUUAUCAGAACAUUGGGACGAACAGGACGAAGCGUCUUCACAUUUAGAUUAUCGUGAUCACCAUGUUCAUGAAGAUGAUAGAAGAAAAACUGUUGACGGAAGGAGAUAUGAUAGUCCGUUUGAUGAAAGACGCGGAAUUCGUGAAGAAAGAUCCCGGGAAUCUAGAUAUGUCGUUCAAACUACUGAUAGAACUUCAUUUGAUGAUCAUCGACAUCAUCAUCAUCAUCACAGGCAUCCACUUUAUCCUGGAGAAAAGUUGAGGAGUAACACCUCCAUACGGGACGAAAAUGUUCCUAACGAUGAUUGGGAUAGUCAUCAUCGUGAUGUAGAACAUGGCAGAGAACGAGUUUAUGGACCUGUUGAUUGGGAAGAAAGAGAAUGGCGAGUAAGAGGAUUAUGGGACAGCAGAGAUAGUCUUCCUCGGUCAGAAGUGCAUGAUGAUGAUUGGAAUUCUCGAUAUGAUAAUUCUGUGUCAGAUUGGAAAUCAAGUGAUUCUCGAAAAUGGGAUAAUCAAUCAGUGCAUAUUCGAGGCCAUUAUAGAAACGAUCGAUCUAAGGAAUUAGAAAUAGCAGAAUCCACAUCACAUAAUAAAAGACGAACUUAUAACAGUUCUGAAACUAGAGAUGAAUGUACAGUUCAUAGUUCUAAACAAGCAUCUUUAUAUGGUAGUAUGAAAGAAGAACCUAUUAAUAAAAAGUUAAUGGAGCUUGCAGAAGGUAAAUUAUCUACAACUCGAGAGAAAUCUACAGAUACUUUUCAAAAGAAGGCUGUAUCGAAAGAAAAAUCCGAAACGAAGGAAACUGUUACCUCCGAAUCAAAACGUACUUGCAUUGAUGAGUCUUUACAGACACUUCAUACUGAAAGCGAUCUCAGUGACAUUAGUGAUGAUCCAGAUGACAUAUUAAAUAUGGAAGAUAUCACAGAUAUGGAUGCAAAUAAAACACGAGUAACUAAGAAAACUCCUGAUACUAUACAACGAGAUGGUCAGUUAACAACUCAAGAAGCAGACCUCUCAUCUCCAAAAGAAACUAUAGAGGAAGCAGUCUUUAACACAAAAGGGAAAGAUAAUACUGAUGCAAUGUCCUUUAGAAAUAUGGAAGACGAAAAUAUGGAAACUAUGGACUUUGAAGAAAUUUCUGAUGGUGAGUUAGAGGAAGACAUUAAAACGAGUGGUAAAGGUUUAGGCGAUGCUUUAGGAGUUGACUGGGAAAGUCUUGUUAAAGAAACACAACCUCGCAAAUCUACAUCAUGCAAUCAGAAUUCAGAAAAUCGUUGGCAGUGCAAAGCAAUUCUGCAUAGAGUUGGUGUCUCUGCGAAAUACGCAGGCGAAGAUGUAAUGAAGAAACUGGCAAAAAAAUAUGGGAAAGACGAUCAUUCAGAAUUUUUUUUCCAUAAUGUUGCAUUUAUGCAUACAGCACUUGCACGAAAUCGUUUGCUAGGUGACUUAAACAAUGAUAUGCUACCUACAGUGGAUGAUUUUCUGUACAGGAAUAAUAAUGUAAAUAUUGAUGAGGAUAUCGAUUACGAUUUAGAAGUUUUAAGACCUUGUACAGCUUUAUAUGAAGAAGCAAAAUGUUUAUUACAACAGGCAGUAUGAAACAACAAAAUUGCACUUUGCUAUUAUACCAUAUACGAUAGAGCAUAGGGUACAAGUGCAUCACUUUAUUACCUGCUAGUCUGAUACAGCUAUUUAGCUAUUUCUUGCUGUCAAUUUAGCCAUCUGGGGUGCAAUGUAAAAAGAGAUUAAAUUGAUACGUUUUUCUUAA